UUAACCUUCACCACUGUAAAGCAGCUUCAGCUGCACUGCUGCUCCGUCUAACAGCUAAAGGGGCAGCCGACAUCGUCCUAAUCCAAGAACCUUGGGUGGUGGGACAAAACAUUUGUGGGCUGAAAGCGCCGGGCUACAGACUGCGACGAGGACACAACAGCGGUCAGUCUAAGUGCAAACGGACGACCAAUUAGGAUGGCAUCCAUGUACCUAGCGCAUGACAAGGAGGUGCCAACUACCUGCAUUAAAGACCUAGUGGCCAGCACGAGAGAGGCGCUAAUUUUGGGAGGUGACGCGAAUGCCCACCAUCACACCUGGGGCAGCUCCGAUGAUAACGAACGGGGUGAGUCACUUUUUGAUUUCAUACUUAGUUCUAAGCUUGUUAUUGCGAAUAGGGGGAAUGAUCCCACUUUUAUUACAAAAUCCCGAAGGGAAGUUCUGGACGUUACCCUUAUCUCUGAGAAUGCGGAAUGUCUGGUCGGGAAGUGGAAGGUGCUUGAGGAGCACUCCUUUUCCGACCACCGAUAUAUCCAAUUCGAGGUAUUAGGGGAAACGCCCAAGCAAGACAGAACUUGUACUGUUCACAAGAAGGUACAAAAUCCCCCCAUUGAUAACACCAAGGCUGGCACAGACCACACUAAAAUUAAGCGAAUCCGCUAAAUACCUGGGGAUAGUCCUAGAUAGAAAAUUAAGCUGGAUUCAAAACACCGAAGAGCGGGUGCGGAAGGCCACGGUUGCCCUAUACAGCUGCAGGAGAGCAAUCGGCCAAAAAUGGGGUUUAACCCCGAAGCUAGUGCACUGGAUAU